GACUGGACAAUUCCAUGGCUGGACGUACCAAAAGAAUGCGUGGUAAACCAGACGACUUGGUCUACAUUGAGAGAUUCGAGGAACAAAGCAGCGUAAGAGGAGUGAUACGACGGCAGUUUCCACUUAAAUUGGCCUUUGGGUGUACAGCACACAAAGUACAGGGGAUGACCAUGCAGUCGGCAGUUGUUUCUUUAAAACGUAUGUUUGCACCUGGUAUGGCAUAUGUGGGAUUAAGUCGUACAACUUCUUUGGAAGGGCUUAAAAUCAUCGAUUUUGAUGAGAAAAAGAUCUACGCUGAUGAAAGAAUUACAGCAGCCAUGGAUACGAUGAGGCAAGCAUCGUUCUCCAACACCAGCCCCCUCCUGCAUUUCCCAUCAAGUCCUCUGUGCACUACAUUGAAAAUCAUCCACCACAACGUUGAAGGUCUUGUAUGUCACUAUGACGACAUGAAGCACCAUCAUGAACUGGGAUUGGCCGAUAUUCUCUGUCUUACGGAAAGUCAUUUGUUUGGAUCUUCUUAUCCAGCUUCUUUGCAAAUGGAGGGUUAUUGUUUGUUUGCACGCAACAGACACGUCUCCUACUCUAGCAGAGCCGACAUUGCUACCAAGGAAGGGGGGGGAGUAGCAACUUACUGCAAGAGCAUUCUCCAACCUGAGGAACGCAGAUACUUUCACAAUGUUACAGAUCUUGAGUACAAUGUCAUUAGAUUGGACGCUCCGAUAUCAGUCCUUGUUGCCACGGUUUACAGGCCACCCAGUUAUGAUCUUGCCAGCUUCUUGAAAAACAUUCAGAACUUCUUGGAUGGUCUUUAUUCUAUUGAUAUUCAGCCCGUUGUUGUAUUGGGAGACUUCAAUGAGGAUCUUCUCUCUCCAGGAAAAAAAGCAAUCAAGGACUUGUUUGAAAGCAAAGGAUUCACUCAGCUUAUCUCAUCUCCAACAACAAAAAAGCGCACCCUGAUUGAUCACAUUUACAUAUCUCGCCCAGAAUAUUGUGUCCAGUCAGGUGUGUUGCAGACAUAUUACAGUUACCACAACCCGGUAUACUGUAUUUUGUCUUCUUUCUCAGCUGCUGCCUCUCCUUCACUUUUUGACAUGUAACAUGCGAUUGGGCAGGACUGUGUUGCUUUGUUCUUGAUUUAAUAGUCGCCAAUCGCAUAGCACAGCUGACUGUUACAACCCUCUUAAUAAUUUCUGAGUCUAACCAUGAUCCUACACUUUCUGCAAAGAAAUGACUGCUCUGAAUAUGUUUUAUGGCACAAUUUGUUUUUCUUUCUUACCAGUGCUCCCAUUAGACUUUCCUUUGGUGGUGGUGGUUGUUAUUGAUCAUGAGCCACUACUUGUACAGAGCUAUGCAGAGCACCGUGUUCCAGAAUGGCCAUUUUUGGCUACAUUUUAAAUCUGGGAAUGCGUAAUUAUUUUAUUUUUAGUUGCCACCCUGUGCAUGCUUCAUUCUCUUCCCCUGUCUCUGCUUUCCACGCUGUGCAUGCUUCAGCCUCUUGUUGCUAUCUCUGCUACCGCCCUGUGCCUGCUUGGAAAUGAUGUUGCACCUGAAGUUUACAGCUUUGUAUGUCAGGUUUUGAGUGGCAUUAACCCCUUUUUUCCCCAAGUUUUUCUCUGUUUUGCAGGUUAUGCAAUGUGACACACAUAAGUUUGUGCUUGAAGAACGUCAAAAUUAACCUGGUAGACCUGGAAGGCAACCCACCAUUAGCAGCAAGGUGAUAUUAAGUACUGAGGUGUGUCAGGAGGACGUCUGUCUCAAUAUUCAAUGCUUUGAUGUAGAAUUUGCACUGAACUGAGUAUUGCCGUGGACUGAAGGAGUAACCAGAUAGCCCUGUGAUUGGUCAUAGUCUUCAGUUGGACUUGUCAACCCACGCUGUAGACAAGAAGCAGUUUGGAAGGAAGACGCCAGAGAACUGAUUUUUUUUUUUUUCUUUUCUUUUUCACUUUGCAACAAAGGAGCAGUUGCCACGUGCUCAAAAUGUCCUGACAGCUUUUUCCCGUACUAACAUACAGACUCUUUUUAUUUCAUGAAUGUUUUUGAUUUUUCUCUUUUCCACUGACUUCCAUUGUCAUGUUGGAUUUUAUGUUAUACUGUGAUGUUGCAUUAAGUUGAUUGUUAUAGUUUUAUGAUUAAGAAUGGAAACUCUCUACUACAGACACACACCAAGAUCUACAGUUCUCGCAAUCUUUUUGCUUUAUGUAGACAACCAGGUUCUGAUGAGUAUCACAGAACCAUAAAUUACUCAGUAAUGCUAAUUUUUAGAUUCAAUACAGGGUGUCUUCUCGCUCAGAUUGGCCCACAGCGGGAUUCCCCUUGACUUGGCUGCAUCAGUUUUUUUUACCAUUUCUUAGACGAGGUGGUGUUUUUCUGGUAGAGGCCCAGCCUGCCCUGUGAUGCCCCCUACUGGUACUCUUGAAUUUGUAAGGUUUAAGAGUGAUGCAUGUCUGUCCAUGGGGAUGGAGAGUGGAGGACCAGGUAGGAGGUUUCUUGGGGUGGAUGUACAGUAAACAGAUUUGACCUUGGUUACUGAACAGUAUUAGCUUACCUAGUUUAAUGUAAAUUUAAAAUAAUGUGUGCAUAGGAACCUAAAACAGGCCUAGCUCAAAUAGUUGAACCCUAAAUUGUAGAUAAAAUGCUUGGACUGUGGUCUGUUGACUGCGUUUAACCUUUUGUAUUUUUUUUAAUCCAGAUUGGCCAUUUGGUUAUAGGAGAACAUUCCACAGCUGCCUUCAUGCAGGACACAGAAAAUAAUAACGUGUGUCAUUGGCAUUUCUUACAGACAAUGCCCAUUACACAUGAUAUAUAUAUUUUAGUUCACUUUGUUUGAUUUCUCAUUGUCCUAGAGCAUGUUAUAGUUGUAAUUUUAACAAUUAUUGCCUGUUUAAAGUUUGUUCUGUUUUUUUAGUUAAUAAAUAUGUUUAUUGUCAGCAUA